AUGCGAAAUGGACACAUCUGGUGUGUUUUACAAUACUAACUUAGGAACAUGUGGCACUGCCCAACCUUGGAAGGUUCCUCCAAAGCUUCAGAACAGUCGUGGAAAAGUCAAACGGAAGGAUCGUGUGAGUUUGCACACUUACCCAGACCUGCUCGUGUUACACACUACUCAUGCACACACAUUACAUAUACACACAUAGCAAUGGACAGAUACGCGUGUGUGCUUCCGGCAGCUGUUCUGUAAAUGUCAGGUAACAGACUGUGUCUGUCUCAUGUCUGGUCUGUUCCCCUGCCUGAAGUGGAGUCUACGGAUUCAAAUUAUGGGUUUUUAGUCGAUGGGCCCUGGCAUGCUAAGCUCAGCAAGUAAGCAGCUGCAUAAUGAGCUAGGUCAUCUCCCACUGCGAAGACCGCGUCCUUGGACUGCCUUGCUUUUUAGAAGGAGCCGGAGAAAGGCGUUUGAUUUUAAGACAUAAUAGUGGUGUUCAGGAACAGUGGUACUAUCUAGACUUUUAUCCUGUCUAGGAAAAACUAGUUCAGUAGAGCCACCGGUUUAUAAAAAUCAUUUUUAGUAUUCUUUAUUUUUCAAGUCAGGUUUUAGCCUAGGAUCUAAGUGAGGGAUUUUCAGGAAAGAAUAAAUUGGUUGCUGUUUUGUUUCUUUUCUAAAUGUGACAGGUUAAGCUGAUGUUAAAAGGGUGGAUUGAGAUUGUUGCGUGUGUGUGCUGUCGGCCUGCCACGCCUGCGGCAGCCUUGAGAGUGCCUUGAUUCUGUGCACUGAACAUUUGGUAUUUGAAUUAACCAAAAUACUCAAAUUAAGAAUCCCUGAAAGUUGCGUUUAUUUUUGCUGUUGUCAAAAUGGGACAGGUUCUGAAAUAGAUUGUUUUAUAAAAAGCACUUUUUCUUGAAACAUGCAGAUAUACACAAUACCCUCCCAACCUCUCGGGAUAGGGAAAGAAAAAAAAAAAGGAGAAUUACCUAGCUUGGUGAGUCCCGUGCUUCUUCUGAAGUGGCUGCUGCUCAGGGCUGCGAGGGCCGCGUGGAAGGGGGCUAUUGUUCCGUGAUCUCCAGCAAGAGAAUGGGGGGGGAGGGGGACGGUUGCCUUUGACUGGCGUUGGCUCUGGCUCUUCUGCAUUCCAAACUGUCUGAGGCACCGGGUGAGAGCAAGAGAGAGAGAGAGAGAGAGAGAGAGCGAGCCCGUGAGAGCCAGCGCAGGGGAGGACCCUGCACAAAGUGUUUUGAGUUUCCGACUGGCAUGCGGGAAGGAUCAUGUUAGCAACACCCAGAAACUUCCCAGAAUGCAGACCCCAGAGGUGCCGGCAGAAAGGUCCCCCCGCCGACGGAGUAUCUCAGGCACCAGCGCGUCGGAGAAGCCCAGCUCCAUGGACGCUGCCACUACCUCCCCCUUCAAAGUACCAGGGUUCUUCAGCAAGCGCCUGAAAGGCUCCAUCAAGAGGACCAAAAGCCAGUCCAAGCUGGACAGAAACACGAGCUUCCGGCUUCCCUCCCUCCGCAGCAAUGAUGACAGGUCUCGUGGGCUGCCUAAGCUGAAGGAAUCGCGAUCCCACGAGUCCUUGCUGAGCCCGUGCAGUGCCGUAGAAUGUCUAGAUCUUGGUAGAGGAGAGCCUGUGUCAGUGAAACCUCUCCACAGUAGCAUCCUUGGACAAGACUUCUGCUUUGAGGUCACCUACUUGAGCGGAAGUAAAUGCUUCAGCUGUAACUCUGCUUCCGAGAGAGACAAGUGGAUGGAGAACCUGCGCAGGACAGUCCAACCAAACAAGGACAACUGUAGACGAGCUGACAAUGUUCUCCGUUUGUGGAUCAUUGAAGCCAAGGACCUUGCCCCGAAAAAGAAAUAUUUCUGUGAACUGUGCCUUGAUGAUACCCUCUUUGCUCGUACAACUAGCAAGACCAAAGCAGACAAUAUUUUCUGGGGCGAACAUUUUGAAUUCUACAGCCUUCCACCUCUUCAUAGCAUCACAGUUCACAUUUAUAAGGAUGUGGAAAAAAAGAAAAAAAAGGACAAGAAUAAUUACGUAGGGCUGGUCAACAUUCCCACUGCCAGUGUGACUGGGCGUCAGUUUGUAGAGAAGUGGUACCCAGUGAGUACACCUACCCCCAACAAAGGAAAGACAGGAGGACCUUCCAUUCGGAUUAAAUCACGCUUCCAAACCAUCACCAUUCUGCCUAUGGAGCAAUACAAAGAAUUUGCAGAAUUUGUCACCAGCAACUACACCAUGCUGUGCUCCGUCCUUGAGCCGGUAAUCAGUGUAAGAAAUAAAGAGGAGUUGGCUUGUGCCUUAGUGCACAUUCUGCAGAGUACUGGCAGAGCCAAGGAUUUUCUCACCGACUUGGUCAUGUCCGAGGUGGACCGAUGUGGAGAACACGAUGUCCUAAUCUUCAGAGAGAACACCAUCGCCACCAAGUCCAUCGAGGAGUACCUCAAGUUGGUGGGUCAGCAAUACCUGCAUGAUGCAUUGGGGGAGUUCAUCAAAGCAUUGUAUGAGUCGGAUGAGAACUGUGAAGUGGAUCCCAGCAAGUGUUCCUCCAGCGAGCUAAUAGAUCAUCAGAGCAACCUGAAGAUGUGCUGUGAGCUGGCUUUCUGCAAGAUCAUCAACUCCUACUGUGUUUUCCCCCGAGAAUUGAAAGAAGUGUUCGCGUCAUGGAAGCAGCAGUGCCUGAACCGUGGCAAGCAGGACAUCAGUGAGCGACUCAUCAGUGCCUCGUUGUUCCUGCGCUUCCUGUGCCCAGCCAUCAUGUCUCCCAGCCUUUUCAACCUCAUGCAGGAGUAUCCUGACGACCGCACCUCUCGGACGCUUACACUGAUUGCCAAGGUCAUCCAGAACCUGGCCAACUUUGCCAAGUUUGGUAACAAAGAGGAAUACAUGGCAUUCAUGAAUGAUUUUUUAGAACACGAAUGGGGUGGAAUGAAGCGCUUUCUUUUGGAAAUCUCUAAUCCAGACACCAUCUCAAACACGCCAGGCUUUGAUGGUUACAUUGAUCUGGGCCGAGAACUUUCGGUUUUACAUUCCUUACUGUGGGAAGUAGUUUCCCAACUUGAUAAGGGUGAAAAUUCCUUCCUACAGGCGACCGUGGCAAAGCUGGGGCCUCUCCCUCGAGUUCUUUCCGAUAUUACCAAGUCUCUGACUAACCCUACGCCAAUACAGCAGCAACUGAGACGUUUCACUGAGCAUAGCUCGAGUCCAAAUGUCAGUGGAAGCCUCUCCUCCGGGCUGCAGAAAAUAUUUGAAGACCCCACUGACAGUGAUUUGCACAAGCUCAAGUCUCCCAGCCAGGACCACACCGACAGCUAUUUCCGAGGAAGAACAUUGCUGCUGGUGCAGCAAGCCUCCUCCCAGAGCAUGACUUACUCUGAGAAGGACGAGAAGGAAAGCAGCCUUCCGAACGGUCGGAGCAUCUCGCUCAUGGACCUGCAGGACACUCACGCUGCCCAGGGCGAGCGUGGGUCCAUCAUGCUUGACGUGCCCGUGCGCCUGGCCGGAAGCCAGCUUUCCAUCACCCAGGUGGCCAGCAUCAAACAGCUGCGCGAGUCCCAGAGCACCCCCCAGAGUGCACCCCAAGUGAGAAGGCCCCUGCACCCAGCCUUGAACCAACCAGGCAGCCUCCAGCCCCUGUCCUUCCAAAACCCCGUCUACCACCUCAGUAACCCGAUUCCGUCCAUGCCAAAGGCCUCUGUGGAUUCCAGCUUGGAGAACCUCAGCACUGCCAGUUCCCGAAGCCAAAGCAACAGUGAGGACUUCAAACUCAGUGGGCCCAGCAACAGCAGCAUGGAGGACUUCACCAGGCGCAGCACGCAGAGCGAGGACUUCAGGCGGCACACCGUGCCCGACAGACACAUACCCCUGGCUCUACCGCGACAGAACAGCACCGGGCAGACCCAAAUCCGAAAGAUGGACCAGGCUGGGCUGGGCGCCCGAGCCAAAGCGCCGGCCUCCCUGCCGCACAGCGCCUCCCUGCGGAGCACGGGGGGCAUGUCGGUGACGUCCGCGGCGCUGGUGGCCGAACCUGUGCAGAACGGGAGCCGCUCCAGGCAGCAAUCCUCUUCCUCCCGGGAGAGCCCUGUGCCCAAAGUGAGGGCGAUCCAGAGGCAGCAGACCCAGCAGGUGCAGUCCCCUGUGGACUCUGCCACGAUGUCCCCGGUGGAGCGGACAGCAGCCUGGGUUCUGAACAAUGGCCAGUAUGAGGAGGAUGUGGAAGAAGCUGAGCAAAACCAAGAUGACGCGAAGCAUGCUGAGAAGUACGAGCAGGAAAUCAGUAAGUUGAAGGAGCGCCUGAGAGUGUCCAGCCGGCGGCUGGAGGAGUAUGAGCGCCGCUUGCUGGUGCAGGAGCAGCAGAUGCAGAAGCUGCUGCUGGAGUACAAGGCGCGGCUGGAGGACAGCGAGGAGCGGCUGCGCAGGCAGCAGGAGGAGAAGGACAGCCAGAUGAAAAGCAUCAUCAGCAGGCUCAUGGCUGUGGAGGAAGAGCUGAAGAAGGACCAUGCCGAGAUGCAAGCCGUUAUUGAUGCGAAGCAGAAGAUAAUCGAUGCGCAGGAAAAACGGAUCGUGUCGCUGGAUUCGGCCAACACCAGACUGAUGAGCGCGCUGACGCAGGUGAAGGAGCGGUACAGCAUGCAGGUGCGCAACGGCCUGUCGCCCACCAACCCCACCAAGCUUUCCAUUACGGAGAAUGGUGAAUUCAAGAACAGCAGCUGCUGAGCGGGGAGGCAGAGGGAAGCUCACCCACCCUCCCGUCCCCAGCCCCUCCAGUUUACAGAACGCUGCUCCUUCAGAAUGGCGGUGUGCAAGGAGCUCUUGAGUGAAGAGAGGAAUCUUGUCUUCCAGGACAUGAGACGAAGACUUCCAAGGUCGAUGCUUGCACUCCGUGUCUCUGUGUACAUAGGGAACUUAGUUCUGGGCCAUGUACAGAAAAUACCACUGUAAUAUACCAAAUGGAAGUUAAUAAUGUAGAAUACCUUUUUAAUUAUUGCUAUUUUAUUAUUGUUUUUCCUCUUGUUGAAAGCACUGCAGUUGUUAGAGGAGGAAACGUAGGAAGCGUGUCUGGGUGAGCCAGGAGCCUUUGGGUGCAGUAGGUAGAGGCCAAGCGUCCAGCAGAAGCACGUGGAGUACAGUAGGACCUUGAGAAUGGAUUUCAGGGAUUCAUCUGCCAGUUUAGAAACCCCACUUUGACCCCCGUGCCCUUUAGGAAAACAUGUGGAUACCAGUAGACGAAGCGAUGACGUAGCCCAGUGAUGAACCAGGACUAGUCUGGUGAGACAGCUAAUGUGGUCUGGGGAGUCACUGUGUCAAGGACACAGAUCAGAACUGGACUUGAGGAGUGACUUGUGCUCAACCCCGCCACUGUAUCUGUUUCUCCCAUCUGGAGCAGGUAGGAAUUUUCAGUUUUAGAUAGGGGGUUUUGUUUACCCCAGCUGUAAUAAAGGGUGGGUUUCUUUUUUUCCUCUUUAGAGUUUACAAAGCUAUAAAUAUGUGUCUCCACCAACCAUCCUCAUCUUCACGCGUCCACUGCCCUUCCCUCUGCGUGGUGGGAGCAGCUUUCACCAACAGGGUCCACUCUCCCCUGGGGAGGUUGUUUAAGUGUGCUGCCCUUACGCCUUCCAAACUACACACACUUUCUCCACUUAGAAAAGGGCUAGCCAUACCAUAGCAGCAGUCUCGGAGUGUCUCCUGUGAAAAUCCAUUUUCUCUCUGUAGGUUAUAAUUCUUAUUUGGGAUAAAGUUCUUAUCCAUUAUAACCAGUAAAUCUAUGGGCAGGGUAAUUUUUGUGUCCACCUUUAACUUUUAAAUCAUGUCUUCUUCCUCCUAUCCCCUUGGUAAAAAUCAGACAGGACAUGCCGAUCCGAAGCGUCGUUCUCUUGUAAGUGAUGGUGCCUCUCGUGGGAAAGCAGCACGCAUCGCCAUGUCACUCUGGCAGGGACAGCUCCGUCUCAACGAUGGUCAUCCAUGGCUUUAUUAAAGUACAGGAAAGCCAUGGCAGCUAACUUAUGUCCUUUUUUCCGGAGCUGUGAAAUGUCAUGUUGAAUGCGACCUCGAUGCCGUAGUGGGGGAUGUUACAUAUUAUAUAAGUAGAUACAUACAUAUAUAUUCAUACAUAUGUACAUAGAACUGCACAGAUAAGGGCAGUCCCUGCCUUCUGAGCUGUCACAUGUUUAGGGUCUUUUACCUCUCUGAGCAAGUGUAAGCAGCUUUACAUUGAGGAAGCAACAGAUUUCUCAAGUUAAUGAUGCUUGUUUUAAAUUACAGACUUUAAACAAUUUUUUUUGAAGAAGGGGAUGGGGAGGAAUAAAAGACCCGAGGAGGUCGGCUGCGUGGAGCUGAGUCCUUCCACGGAACCGAGUGUGCGUAAGGGACGUGAGGACAUUGUCCACACCCUGCUUGGAGGGCAGCCCCGACACAGCCCCCGCCCUGCUCUCACCAAGUCCCAGGCCUGCAUUUCAGCAGUGACCCCCUGGCCGCUGCACCCUCAGCCUUUCCAAACGCUCUCCUUCAGCGUAGCCUCUUUGCUGAUGGACGGAACUAGAGCAGGGGCCCUUCAGGUGCCUUUCUGAUCAGCACACUGUUUGGGCACUUGCUGUUUUCCUGGCCCUUGGCAGUUAUUUACAGAUUCUUAUCUCUUCCUUUCAAGCUGGGGGACAGUUCAGCCAAAAAAAAAAAAAAUGACCUGAUGGGGAGAGGCGUGUAAACACUGCUGUGUUCUUGUCGGUGGCGCUUCUCAGCUCCAGCCAUGUACAGUUCAUUCUUAGUGCAAAGCCGCCAGCUGUACUGCUGCACACCUGGUAAAAGGAUUGUUCAUUUCAGUGGCCUUAAGUACGUACUGUGGGUGAUUUUUGAAGUCUAGAACGUUGGUAAUGGAACACAAGCGCGGAUAAUAAUUACCUAGAUUGGGAGUCGAGCGGAGACACAAAAACAGCAAGUGUGGUUUUGGUGGUGUGGAAACAUACCUUGUUAGCUUGGGAGCUUCUUCGAGGGCACUCCACAUCGGAAGCUCAGGUGCCCCAAACAUUUGUACAGGUAACGUAGCCCUCUAAUA